AGACAAAAUGAGGCUCCCAACCAUACCAUAUCAACUACACUACUGAAAGAGGUGCAAGAAAUUGAACAAAUUAAAAAUGAUUCAACAUGUACCGAGAGACGAGUUCUUGGUAAGUUAAUAUGGUUGUAAAGUGAAAUGCUUUGUACAUGUAUAAGAUACAUUUACCAUUAAUGAUAAUACCGAUCACAUACUUCAUUUGAACAAUCCCCUGCCCCUUUUUUUCUUAUUUCUCUUAGUUAAACCCUAAAUUCCCUUAAAUUUAUUUUAGGGAUAAACUAUGGGGAUUGUUUGUCAAGAUUUUUUCUUUAUUGAGCAGAAAUGGCCCUACGAGCUGCAAAUAACAGUCCUUAACAGUCAUGGACAAUGUGCAAGCAUAUAAGAUACUUAGUAAUAAACCAGGAAUAUCUUAAUAAUGGAGAUGAAACUUUAACACAGUGUACUAAGUCAAGGCAUAAAAAACGCAGUGAAACCUGUAAAAAGUGCAGGAUCCCAAAUUUAAAAACAGACACCCAUCUCUAUUAGAUGGACACAAGCAUCAUUGAGCUCCACCUAUUCUCCCCUUAUACAGGUUUCACUGUAUCAUACAUGCAGGGAACAAAGAAAUAUGAUUUUGUUGAAAUAUCCUCACUAGCUAGUCUAGUGAUGUGUACAGGGGAGAAAAUAAGAUAGCAAAGGAACACUUAAUGAUAUUUUUGUCGGUUUAAAUGGGUGACAUGGUAGGUAAUAAUUCUAUCAGGACAAGCAAUUAUCUUAGACUUGAGAAAACUCCUGUACAAAAGGUUCCAAAAAUUGAACUUAUGGUAAUGCUCAUAAUAAAUUAUUAUGCAGAUUAAUUGUCCUUUUUUUGUUAGAUGCCAUUUCGCAAAACUUGGCCUCAAGCAAGAAGCGAAAAAGACAGGAGGAGAAGGGGACAUAUGAGCAGUACCAACAGGAGCAGAAAAGAAGGCAAAGAAUUAAGAGGGUGAGGUUCUCUGUCAUGUUAUUAAAAACUUUUGAAUCAAAAUUUUGAGUAUUCAGAUGGUAAUUGUUUUAAUUGACCAAGAAGGUAUACUGUACAUCCUUCGCUGUUAGGACUGGAAUAGAGGGGAGUAAAGUUUGUAAUAUUAUACGGCUUCUAUUUGCAAGUGUGUGAUGUGUGUUUCUUUCUAUGUAAUUCAUUUUCCAAAAGAUUAACUGAUUGUUACCCUACUACAGGGUUGUCACUAAGAUUUCAAGUUGCUGGGUAAAUACAACAAGUAGGUGGGGAAUCAAACGGCUAGGGAUUUCUUUUGGUUCUAUUUUUCUUCUAUUUUCCAAAAAAAUAAAAGUAGCCGGGGGCCACUCUCUUAGUAGCCGGGGAAAAUCCCCGGCCCCCGGCUCUUAAUGACAACUCUACUAGUAGUCAUAAGCUGUUUCAGAGUCCUAACCGAACGCAACUACAUAAGUUUGAGAGCAACAACUAACAUCAUUAUCUCUCGCUCAGUGUUAAUUUUUUACAACAGUGUUGGGGUUCAGAUAAUCAGUAUAAAAGUAGCUUUUGAGUUGCCAUGUGAUGUUUUAUGCCAAAAAUUAGCUGAAUUACUGAGUUUUUUUUUCUCUCUCUCUCUCUCUCUCUCUCUCUCCUUGUAUGUAGAAGCUUGAUAAAAGAUUGAAAGCCGUCACUGAGGAGGAAAGGGAUGGUGACCUGUUUUCAGCCCUUCAUGUAAGCCAUGUGUCUUCAGAGGAGUCUGACACGGAAGAUAAUUCCUUGAGAACCAGGCCUCUGUCUUGGAGAACAGAGAAUGUGAACAACUUUUUUAAACUUUUGGAUGGAAGAGCAAAGGUAGCAAUGACCUCCCAACAAAGGAGACAAUCAGUUAGUCGAAGACAAGGUGUUGCCAGUGGAAGAGGGACAGACACUGUCCCAGAACAUUUGAAAUGGGCUGUGUGCGAUUCCCCAUAA